GGGAUCACCAAACCUGAACAAAGAGCCAGUUUACUGUCCUGCAGACUUCAGAGGGGCCAGACUGGGGCCCCGUCGUUGGUGUCAGUGGGAGGACUGGGGCCCCGUCGUUGGUGUCAGUGGGAGGACUGGGGCCCCGUCGUUGGUGUCAGUGGGAGGACUGAUGCCCCGUCGUUGGUGUCAGUGGGAGGACUGGGGCCCCGUCGUUGGUGUCAGUGGGAGGACUGGGGCCCCGUCGUUGGUGUCAGUGGGAGGACUGGGCCCCGUCGUUGGUGUCAGUGGGAGGACUGGGGCCCCGUCGUUGGUGUCAGUGGGAGGACUGGGGCCCCGUCGUUGGUGUCAGUGGGAGGACUGGGGCCCCGUCGUUGGUGUCAGUGGGAGGACUGG